UCAAUGGCCUUGGAAAACUAAAUCAUUGAAAGUGUGAUAUAAUUCCCCUUUUUUAGUCUAUUCCAAAUUUGUUGUUACCAUGGGACGAAAAGGCCACAAGAGUAGGAAAAAACACGCAAUUGGCAAGAAUGGCCAUCAUCCGAAAAAGAAAAAAACUAAGCAUCACAAGAAGCACCACGCCCACACCCAUACCCAUACCGACAGAGAUUCCCGACCCCGCCCGUCGGAGAUUUACCACGACAACUGCUGCAGGUACAAGACCCAUCCUCGACCCCUGCUCCUCAACCAGGUCAAUCUGGCCACCCAGUGCCCCUCCCGCACGAUCGCCAUCGCCGCCUCUGUGCCGCUCCUGCUACAUCCCAUCCGGAGGAAGGUAGUCCGUCUGCCGGAGACCGUGGUCAUGCACAUGCGGAAUACGGAGGACGCCCGUCGAGUGGCGGACAGCUUCAAGAACACGCUCAUCCAAGCCCAUGUCCCAGUUCCGGACGUCGAAGAUGGGGAGAGUCUGGAGAGGCUGCGCCAAGUGGAUCUCAGGCCACGACACGUCUAUCCAAAGAGACGGAAGAGGCCGUCUUAUAGCACCAUGGAUUUGGAUAAGUCCUUUCAGUGAGGAUUAUGCUGCUCCUGAAUUAUAUUGUUUCAGGAAUGUAAAAUAGUCCAUUAAAUAUUAUUUCGCUUCACACA